AACACCGGCUAUACCUGGGCAAGUGUGAGUUAUGAAGCCGCGAGGUGGCCACCAGAGUUUUAAGGGAGAAGCGCCAUGAUGUCAUGUUCCGCCAGUGUUGCAUCUGCCGAGCGAGGGUUCGGAGAUGAGCGAUGCUGACGGUGUUGGCGACGUAGAGCUCGAAUUGAGGUUCGUGAUGCUGUUGCUAGCGACACUGAUGCCCAGCAUGUAACUAACUGUGUUGAUGUCGAGCAAAGCCGUAAAUGUUCUUGGUUGUCAUCAAGCCAAGCCGUAGCUGGUUAUGUACGAUGAGUCUUCAUGAGUCUUUCCUGCUCAUGCAUAGUAACUAUCCUUCGUGGGGAUGUGUCGUCGUGCCAGAUAAAAGGUACUCCGUAAGACAGCACAGGGGGUCUGGAGACGCAGCAAUGUUGAAUAUCCCAGAGUUAACUAAACAGUAUACGAUAGUCAGUUACUCUCCAACUGCCUCUUCCAUGGCUUUAUCUGCACCUGAGUUGGUCAUAACAUUUUAUGACAUCGCCCUCGCACCGCCAGUAAUAGAAAACGCAGCCUCUCCCAACCCUUGGAAGUCGAGAUACGCCCUCAACUUCAAAAAAAUCCCUUAUAAGACGAAUUGGAUUCUUCUGCCUGAUAUAAGCACUGUCAGGACCUCAUUUAACGUCCCAGCGUCACGUACCUUCGCUGAUGGAUCUCCAUAUCACACUCUCCCUAUGCUAUCUGACCCAGCUACGGGCAAAGUUAUAGGAGAUUCCUUUGAGAUAGCCAUGUAUCUUCAGCGCCAGCACCCGUCGUCUGGAGGAGACUUGUUCCCAGAGCAAGAUCUGUCCUUCACCUAUGGAGAAGGCCCAGUACUGUUCGCGCCCAUCGCGGAGUCGAAGGUGGAAAAGUCCAUAGAGGCAUACGUCAAAUUCAACACCAGUGUCGACGCUGCAUUUACCGCACAUGUGCCGCUCAUGGUACACGGACUACCUUUUGAUCCAGCCACGGCAGAGCAGUCAAAGGCCGAGUUCUCACGAAGGGCAGGAAUCCCAUGGGAAGACUUGUCGGUUAAGGGGGAGCAGAGAGGCGAAAUGCUCAAGUCGUACGAGCAGGCCCUCUCUGGGCUAGCGGAGCUGUACAGGAGAGACAUAACUGGACCGUUUCUGCUGGGCAACAGGCCAUCCUAUGCAGAUUUCAUUGUCGGAGGAUGGCUGAGAAUGAGCCAAGUCACCCUCCCCAAGGAAGAAUGGGAGGCUUUGACGAGCUGGCAUGACGGGAUCUUCGGACAACUUCACCAGGCGCUUGAGGCGUAUGCGCAGAUGGACUAGGCGCAGAUAACUAUUUAGACACUCGUGCCCCCAAAAAGAAAAACGUUCAAUCCAAUUUUAGACCUCUAUCAAAAACAAUAUAUA